AUGCUUCAAGGCCAUUCGCCCCGGGAAGAAUCCAAGCGGCAGUUAAAAGCGGUACACCGAGAGAGAAAUGACCCAGAUAAGGUCUUGGCGCCGCUGGAGAGCAUCUGCGUAUCGCUAGUGAUGGGUGCAGAACGAUACCUGCGUGGCUUCGACGCCGAUGCAGCCAUACCAAUGUUGGUUCACAUGACAGAAAAGGAACAAUUUGCGUUUCGCGGGGAUGCGAUGGCGAGGCUUUUCCGCGCUAUAUCCCUCACCAUGGAGUACGUGCCAAGUUCUUACGAAGGGGUGGCGCCGUUUUACAAGCGCCUGAUGAAGUCCGUGUGCCAGGUUCUCUCCAGGACUCUGGCUGGAAAGAUGAAGUACAGCAAUACAGACAAUGUGAUGUUGCUCGAGGAGUCGCUUCGGCUCAUUCGCUUCAUCAGCAAGGAUGAGCACAGUGCCUAUCUCCUGCACUUUGGUGUUUCAGAUGUCAUACGCAUCGCAGCAUCUGAAAACACGUUACUGGCACGUCAAGCUUUCGAUGUUCUAGUCGUUGUCUGUUCCAAACUGAUCCUGCCGUCGGAGUUGGAGAAGACUUCGUUUUUUCGCAUCUCCUUCCUUUUCACGGGGGGAAAAAAGCGAAAGAGCCACAAGGACGCACUACCCUCCAGUGAUAAACCAAUAGUGGUAGCCGUUGAGGAUGUUCUUGUCCCGUUUCUCCAUGCAUCACUUCAGCAGUACGCAGCGAGCCUUGAGAGCUUCCCUGAGGCGUGGUCGUUUCUAGAGAUGGUGAUGCAGUGCCUUGGUAUGAUCAUGCAGCGGGCCUUGCUGUGCCACCGACCUUCCACUGCUCGGAAGGUUGUCACACAUGAACUUUGUCGAACAUUAUUCCAGUUGUUGCUUUUCAAUGACAACAAUGUGGCCCUUGACCACACAGUUCGAUCGGAGAGGCUUCUGUUCUGUGAGACGAUGUUGGCUGUCGCCAUGGCAGCGGAUUCUGCCGUUGCCAAUGAGUCUCUUCUCACAGAGGAGGCACAGACAUUCUACAAACUUAUGUUCGGGGAAUCUGAUGCGGAGAUCACAACUCUGCUUGAUGACCCUUUUCCGCGUGGUGUGGUGUCCUCCCGCAAUACGCAUCGGCGAGAUAAGAAUCACAUUGCCUCUAUUGCGGCCAUUCGACUCUUCGUUCUCGCCUGCCCACGCGUGCCGAGCGAGGCGUUUGGACCCAAACCGAAGNUCCUCCUGCCGGUUCAUCAGUGGGCAUGGGAAGACGAGAUGCGGCACAGCAAUGACAUCAAUGAGGAUGGUUGUGCCGUAUUGGAAACGACUUAUGCUCGACUGAGCAGAGAAGCAACGCUCAAAAUCCGCGUAAAGGAUAUGACAGUGGACCUGCACUUGAUGAAGAUGUCAAGUGGUUUCGGUAGUGGUGAUCGCAAUGUUUCACGUAAGUUCGUGCCCUUCGUGUUUCAUUUUGUGGAUGAGUCGAAGGUGUGUCCAGGGAAGGCCGCAAAAGGGAUGGUAUCGUCCAAGAAACUAGCCGUGGAGGGCAAGCAAAAGACGAAAACCACAACGGCAGCAUCAUCAUCAUCAUCAUCGAUGCCAUUGACAACAAGAGGAUCAAGUGGUUUGAAUCAUCUAUAUAUCAUGAAUAAAGACGCACCGGCGUCACCAGUGUACAUGAGUAUUGCUGAGAUGUAUCUGGAGGCUUUGUGCAACUUUGUUGUUUGGGUUUCUGGUCAGAUGGCGAUGCAGUUGGGCGUGUGUGCAUGCGCCUCGUUGCUUCAGGCCGCCAUUCGCUCCGGUGAAGAUCAGCGUUUAUUGACUCUACUUAGUAGAAUAAUCCGUCCAUUAUGCGAAAUGGCACGCGAAGCACUUGUCUCUGCCGAUAAGGCGACUAAGUCGGUGGCUCUCACCAUGCUGGUGUGGCUGCUGCGCCACCCACACGCACCGAAGUGGAACUUUGCCACGACGGCGCAGCGGUGCGGGCUGCUUAACCAGCUCGAGAUCCUCGCGCGCGGCGGCGGCGGCGGCGGUGGCAGCAGCUGCAGGGGAGCGCCAGGAGUCGCCGCGUCGCAGGGUGGUGUGGUGGAGGCACCCCAAACACGCACGGAGUAUCUGGCGGGAGCAGCCGCCGUACUCCACAGUGUAAUCAAUGAGGAGUUAGAAAAGUUACACUCGUUGCAGGGAUCCUUCGCCCUUGAGACGGUGGAUGUGACAGUGGUUCUUCAAGCCGUGGUUGAUCUGAAAACGUGUGCGGCGAAGCCCGGCGUGCACCACAGUGUCGUGGCGCGUCUCUUGGAGGUUAUGGAGCUUUCUGUUGGAACCAUAACGGCGUUUGAGACAUCGAAGCUUGGUAUCGCGGAUGCUGUGUUAAGUUACUUGCUGGGAGCCAACUGCGGCAACAAUAAGGAAAACGAUGCUUCCCCCAAUGUGUCAGCGAGUGGGGGAUUGCAUGGAAGUUUCAUGUCUAGAUUUGCCACCGACACAACGAUCUUGGGUGACAUGCGCACAGCCCACUGCCUUCACCAGCGCUGUGUAAAGGAGCGUCUUGAGUGCUUCCUUAAGGCCGCAGUGGCGCGGCCGUUCGGGGUAUUGGCAUUGGUCGAAAAUUCAGUCUCUACUCUCCCCCUUGAGUCAAACUUUCCCCUCGUAGAGUCGUUACUGUGGACUCACCGCGUGACGUGUCGCCCGCCCGUCAAGGCCGUGGCGGCGUGCGCGCAGAUAUCACCGAUUGUGUCGCUCUGCUGUAAGAAGAAUCAUGGCAAUCCUGAGAAGGGAGCCACAGGUGAUGAUAACAAAAUGAACUCCACCUCGACUACAAAUAGGCGAAGCUCGUUGUCACGACCAAGUGAGAACUUGCGUGACUACUGUCCGCAAGGGCACAAGAUGCAGGCAGUUGUUGAGAUAAAUCACUCAGGUCUCUGCGAAUUGUGCGAACAAGAGGUCCACUCCGGCUUCCGCUGCAGCCCGUGCGACUUCCACAUUUGUAUGGAGUGUUACACAAACCAUGAAUUCAAUCACGAGAGGCGCGGUUCAGUUGGGAGCCCUCUGCUGAACACUGAGGACGCCACAUCCGCGAGCGGUGUCCGUGUUCCGUUUAAGCGGCCCAGGUUGGCUGCUCGAGCCCAUUUGUUUGCCAGUAUCGGCGAUAUUGAGCGCUUCCUUCGCACAGGUUCAUCUUCCACGAAGAACACGGAUGUUGCGCCAGCCCCAAAAUCAGCGCUGCAGAACAGUGAUUACUUUGUGCAGCGCAUCCAGACUGUCAUGGCGAGGAGGAAUGAACACUUAGACCCCGCCAUGCUCCGCCAGGAGGUGCGCCGCAUACUGAGCUCCUUAUUCUCGCAUGGCCCCAACGCUGGUUCCGCCGCAGCAGGAAGAGCAGAAGCAGAAGUACCACCACCGUCAUCAGAAAGCAAACGGCCAGAGGAUAGUGUAAAACUGGGGCCGAAGGAAACAAAAGAGAUGGAACAGCUGCUGCGUAGCGCCAUGGAAGAACGUUACGUUUUGUAUACCAAGCCCGGGGGCUGCUGCGCGUACCAAGAGACCCUAAUCGGGAACAUCAUGCAACGCGCACUUCACAUGGGGAUGCUGGAUGUUGUGGAGCAGCUGGAAGACUGUCUGCUCGUUGUUGAGAGUUCUGCUGAUGCCUCUGUCAAAAAUAUCGGCACGCAUGCAUUUGAUAUGCUAGUAGAAGUUCAAUCCGGGGGUCAACAACAACUUCCGCCGAUAGAUCUCCCCUCAAAGAUAGGCAGUACUGAAAGCUGUUUGUUUCAUCACUUCGAGCGGGACGAAGAUAAGUACUGUUCCUGUGGCGAACAGUCACGCCAAGAGUUCGACACAUUGCGUUCUCCAAACGUGCUACGAAAACCCACGCGCCUAGCCGAAAAUUCCGAGGCCCUGUUGCUUAUUCUCCUUCACAAAGUACUUCACCCGCUGAUCAAGAAGCGUGUCCUCGAUUUAGAUAGCACUGCGUUUGUGAGCGCCCACUUCACGACACUCGUCGUCAGAUCUCUGGCAGCAUCAGCGCUCCGUGUAGCCGUGCUGCCGCCACGCCUUUCUGUGCCGCGCUGGGUCAACUUCAUCCUUACUCAGGCGCAUUUCCUCCUGCCACUAAAUGUGCGGGAGCACAUUGCCCGCUUCUUCGCGUACGGUGCCCGACGUGCGCUUCAUGAUCAUAUCAAAGUUUCCCAUUCGAGUCGGUCGUGCUCCGCUAUCAGAGUCCUGCCUGCCGAGUGGGCACGCUGGGCAACGCAUAAGUUCCGGGUGGACCGCAACACACUCCUCCACGAUGCGUACACGGUUUUGCGCAAGAGUGCAGACGCCAGAUUCCCAAUAUCUAUUGAGUUUAAGGGGGACGUUGGGGUUGGUCAGGGUCCGACAGCGCACUUCUACACACUCAUUGCCAAGCAGGUGAGGAAGGCACGGCUCGAACUUUGGCGUGAUAAUGCAGCCAGCAGCAGGAGCGACGGCGAGGCAGAGUUGACUCCAGAACCAGAGGGUUUGUACCCGCGUGUUACCAUGGUGAAGCACUUUCCGGCUCUGAGUAAGGUGAAGACGCCGCAGAAGCUGCGGGACGGUGGGGAGCUGUUGAUUGAUCCCUUCGAAAGCUUUGCAAACUGUGUGGUGCUUGAACAGGAGCGUGCCCAGUAUUACUACCUCAUCGGUGCCGCCUUGGGCCGCGCCUUCACGGACGAGAUGGUGUUCCCACUUGACCUGAGCCCCGCGCUCGCCAUAUUUCUCAGAGCCGGUGUGCCGCCGCCACGAGUGGUGCUGCACCGCGGUGUCGCCGCAGACGCCGCGACUGAGCGGCCCAUCGAUCUCAUGGCACUCACCCUCGACGACGUUGAGUUGAUGGACAACACGCUUGCGGCAAGUCUGCGCUCGAUGCGUGCCCUCGCCGCACCGAUGCUGGUUGGGCUCAACAUCCCCUUCACACUGCCCGGCAACGACGCGUUUGAGAUGACGGCUGGCGGGGCGAAGACAAGCGUGUCGGCAGACAACAUUUACCGCUACUUUCUUCGUGCUACCGGUGCUCUUCUGUACGAAUCGGUGGAGUUUGCGCUGCGUUUCAUUGUGCGCGGCUUCCGUGACAUUGUUCCGUGCGAAGCCUUCGCCCCGCUCGACGCGCGGGAGACGAUGGCGCUGCUGUGCGGCUGUAGAAGGGACGAUACGAAGCCCCUCUGGACGCUCGCGGAGAUAAAGUCGAUCCUCGUUGCCGGCCACGGCUACCAUAACGACUCGUCGCAGAUGCGGAUGCUGCAAAAUAUCCUCGCCAAGCGCCUCACGCCGCCGGAGCAGCGGGCGUUCCUGCUCUUCUGCACCGGUUGCCCGCGGCUGCCAGCCGGGGGUGUAGAGGCGCUCGGUGCCAUCACAGUGGUGCGGCGCUCCGUGCUCGAGACGCUCUACGGUGGCGGCGGCUACGACAGCAGCACAAGCGAGAAGGAGUGGAGGCAGCACGACUCCCUGCCGGAGUGCGACGGGAUGGUAUCGAUGCGGGCUGCCGAUUGGCCGCUGCCGUCCGUUAACACGUGUUUUCGCUAUCUGAAGCUGCCACCGUACCCCACGGAGGAGCUCAUGUACAAGAAGCUGCAGUUCAGCAUUGCACACGGCGGAGAGACGUUUGAGUUAUCGUGA